CUUGAAUAGACGCAUGUAAUUGUUAAUUAAGCAAAUAACUUUUUUUUUACAGAGCAAAUCCAAAUCUAAUAACAAAUGUCCUCGAAAUAGUUCAAUAUUGGAUGAGGCGCAAUGCAUAGCUUUGGCUGAAAUAUAUAAAUUACAUACUUGCCUUUGGAAUGAGGAGGAAAUCGCUUAUAGGUUCAAAAAUAGACGCCAAGAAGCUUUAAUCGCUGUUUUUAAUGGAUUUAACGCAAAAACUGGUCUGAAACUGUCACAACAGGAUUUGAAAAAAGAAAUUAUACUGUUACGAAAAAUCUGCUCAAAUGAAAAGAAAAUGAAAAUAGCAUGCAAAAAAACCAAUUCCAUUCAUAAACCCACCUACGCAUUUUACGAUCAUAUAGCAUUCCUCGAAGUCGACGUUGCCCCCUUCGAAUGCUCCAAAUGUGGAAAAUUGCUGCCUGGGUCAGGUAAGCUCAAAGUACAUUUGGCACAACAUGAUGGCUCGCUGCCCUUCAAAUGUAAUAUCUGUGGCCAUGGUUUUCAGUUGGGUAAUAAUUUGACGGUUCAUCUGAGAAGACACGUACAGGACUACCAGUACAAUUGUGAAGUGUGCAACAAGCCGUGCGCAACAACCACAGAAAUUAAAAUCCACAUGCGUACACACACAGGCGAAAGGCCCUAUGUUUGUUCUAUUUGUGGCGAGAAGGCUUUGACGUCAUCGCACCUUUUAUUGCACAUGCACCGGCGCCACGAAAAGCGACCUCUUCACAAAUGUAAACUUUGCCCAAAAACGUUCUAUGAAAGGAGAAGGUUGCGCGAUCACUUGGCCGUCCAUAAGAAUGUACGAGAUGAAAUUUGCAGAGUGUGUAAGAAGGGCUUUAAAACUCCUGAUCAAUUGCGACAGCAUCAGCUCAUUCACAACGCCGUAAAGAAAUAUUUAUGCAAAUUUUGUGGAAAACGUUUUGCGCAAAGAGCAGGGCUUAGUGGGCAUAUGAAGACGCACGGUACAAAAUUAUCUGCAACUGUCCCUGAAAGUGCUACAUAACUAGGAUAAGUAAAACUGUGUUUCUAUUGAAAUAAGUUUAUUAAUGUAACUUCAAAUCAUUAACUUAAAUAAAAUAAAACCCGACUUCUUGUUCAAA